AUGGUAGAUCCUUUGGAUGACUCUACAACUGUUGAUUGUGCACCUGCACCAGUUUCAGGUGAAAAGGAACAUAAACGUAGAUAUGAUGUUUGGGAAUAUUUUGAUCUCAUUAAAUAUAAAGAUGGAUCAAAUAAGGGGGUGUGCAAGGCUUGUAAAGUGGGAUAUAAAUAUGAUAGCCAGAAAGGUGGAACCUCAUCUAUGAAAAGGCAUAAGUGUCGUGAGCGUCAUUCUCAGGACAUAGGGCAAAUGAUUUUAUCUGCAAAGAAUGAAUUACUCAUUGCAAGAAAUGUCCCAUUGGCUUUGGUGGAGUGGAAAGAAUUUAGGGACAUAUGUGCUUAUCUAAAUGAGGAUGCUAAACCAAUAUCAAGGAAUACUGGGAAAGCCGAUAUUGUCAAAAAACAUAAUGCACGAAAAGAAGUUAUUCGAAACAUAUUGAAACUUGCUCCAGGUAGGAUGUGUCUAACAUCAGACAUGUGGACCUCUGUUACGACUACAAG